AUAUAUUACAAUAUCAAUACACAGUUCAUGAGUACAAACACAAAUUACUGGAUUUCAACAAGAACACACGAGAUCUUCCAUUGAAUAUGAGUAUGCCUAUGUCAAUCACACUCUUUCUUCUACCAUUAUUGUAUUUCCAACUUUCAUCAUCUUCUUCAUCAUCCCUGACAAUGGGCUCUUCCCUCUCUGUGGAAAAUCCACACCAUAUUCUCAUCUCACCAAACGCCAUCUUUUCUGCUGGCUUUUUAGCCAUUGGUGACAACGCAUAUUCAUUUGCAAUAUGGUUCACGGAGCCUCAUUUUCACAGCCCAACUUCUGUCACAUGGAUGGCAAACCGUGACCAACCUGUCAAUGGAAAAAGCUCCAAACUUUCCCUCACAAACGAUGGCAACAUGGUCUUGAUUGAUGCUGCUCUUAACAUUGCUUGGUCUUCAAACACUGCUUCAUCAGCCCCAGUGGAGUUGCAUCUCAAAGAUGAUGGCAAUCUAGUGUUACGCCAUCUUCAAGGAACCGUACUGUGGCAAAGUUUCGAUUUUCCAACCGACACUCUCGUUCCUGGUCAGCCUCUAACAAGAUAUACGCAACUUGUGUCUUCAAGAAGCGAGAGUAACCAUUCCUCAGGUUUCUAUAAGUUUUUCUUCGAUGAUGACAACGUUCUUGGUCUUCAUUACGAUGGUCCUGAUGUUUCAAGCUCCUACUGGCCACAACCUUGGUUGAUAAGUUGGGAUGCUGGAAGGACUAAUUUCAACAGUACUAGAAUUGGCGUGUUGAAUUCUCUGGGACUUUUCAGUUCAACAGAUAAUUUCACUUUCGUGACAUCUGAUUACGGAACAGUGCUGCAGAGAAGGUUGAAAGUGGAUUGUGAUGGCAAUGUUCGAGUGUACAGUCGAAAUAAUGUUUUGCAGAAGUGGUAUGUUUCAUGGCAAGCAAUUUCUAGUGGUUGCAUAUCUCAUGGGAUUUGUGGAACCAACAGCUUCUGCACUUACGUUCCUAAGAGUGGAAGAAAAUGUUUGUGUCUUCCGGGGCAUAGAUUGAAGAACCACAGUGAUUGGUCUGAAGGGUGUGAACCCUUGUUUCAGCUUACUUGCCAUAGGAAUGAGUCUAUGUUCUUGGAAAUUCGAAAUGUUGAGUUUUAUGGCUAUGAUAAUCAUUAUGUAGAAGUCAGUAACUAUAGUGCCUGUGAGAAUUUAUGCUUGCAAGACUGCAGUUGUAAGGGGUUUCAGCACUCCUAUAGUGAUGAUAAACCAUUUUAUAGGUGCUAUACGAAAACGCAAUUGCUCAAUGGAAGACGUUCACCGGUAUUCCAAGGAGCAACAUACCUUAGAUUUCCCAAAAGUAAUAGCUUCUCUCACAAAGAACAUGCCAGCGAACCUUUAUAUGAUCAUGUUUGUUCAGUUCAACUUCAAAGAGAUUAUAUCAAAUCACAAGGAAACCAUUUUGUGAAGAUUUUCCUGUGGUUUUCCACCGCCCUUGGAGCUUUUGAAGUGAUUUGCAUUGUUUUGAUUUGGUGUCUAGUUAGGACCAGACAAAAGUCUAACGUUGAUCGAGAGGGCUACCAUCUUGCAGAAACAGGAUUCAGAAAAUAUAGUUAUUCAGAGUUGAAAAAGGCGACAAAGGGGUUCAGUGAAGAGAUCGGAAGGGGUGCGGGAGGGGUUGUGUACAAAGGUAUUUUAUCAGAUGAAAGACAUGCAGCAAUUAAGAGACUGAAUGAAGCUGAACAAGGAGAAGGAGAAUUCCUUGCUGAAGUGAGCAUCAUUGGAAGGCUUAACCACAUGAACUUGAUUCAAAUGUGGGGAUAUUGUGCUGAGGGAAAGCAUAGAUUGUUGGUGUAUGAAUAUAUGGAGAAUGGUUCUUUGGCACAAAAUCUGUCAUCCAACACUCUUGAUUGGAGUAAGAGAUAUAACAUUGCCCUUGGAACUGCAAGAGUUCUGGCAUAUCUUCAUGAAGAAUGCUUGGAGUGGAUUUUGCACUGUGAUAUAAAGCCACAGAACAUACUUCUUGACGCUAAUUAUCAACCCAAGGUAGCAGAUUUUGGCCUGUCGAAGCUCCUGAAGAGAGGUAAUAAGCUCAGCAAUUCAAGCAUCUCUAUGAUCAGAGGGACGAGAGGAUAUAUAGCACCUGAAUGGGUUUUUAACUUGCCAAUCACAUCGAAGGUGGAUGUUUAUAGCUAUGGAAUUGUUGUUUUGGAAAUGGUAACUGGGAAAAGCACAACAAGAAGUAUCCAUGAUGAUGAAGAAAGAUAUGAUGGGAGGGUGGUGGAAUGGGUGAGAGAGAAAAAGGGAAACAGUAGUAACUCAUAUUGGGUGGAGGAGAUAAUUGCACCUGAUAUUGGAGCUGAUUAUGAUCACAGGAAGAUGGAAAUUCUGUGUACAGUGGCUUUGAACUGUGUCAUGGAAGACAGAGAUUCUAGGCCCACCAUGAGCCAAGUCGUUGAGAUGCUUCAGUGAAUCAAAUAUAAUGGGAUUAAUUAUCCUUGGUGAUAAUGAUUUAGUAUGCAUUGUCUUUUCAAUUUGAGAAAAACUUGAUUUU